GGUCGCUGUAGUAGCGUCGAGUGGGUGGCGGGGGCCGGCCGCGCGUCCCGCACCACCCAGCGGCUGAGCCCUGCGCUGGCAGGGGGCCAGGCGCGGAUCGUGCGCGGGGCGGGCGCCGGACCACUUGGUCACUGGUGUGGGGCGCUGAGGAGGCGGACAGCGGGGUCGGGGGCCAUGAAGACGGAGAUCUCCACUGCCGCGGGCUUCAUCACCCGCCUGCUGCGCACCCCCGGCGGCAUCGGCGACGAGCAGCUGCGCUGCUUCAGCGAGUCACUGCAGGAGGCGCUGCGAGACCAUUAUAAACACCACUGGUUUCCCCUGAUGCCCUCCAGGGGCUCAGGGUACCGAUGCAUUAGGAUCAACCACAAGAUGGACCCUUUGAUAGGGAAGGCAGCCGGCAUGAUUGGACUGAGCCAUCAGAGACUCUUCCAGCUCUUACCCAGCGAAUUGACUCUUUGGAUUGAUCCCUUUGAGGUGUCCUAUAGAAUAGGAGAAGAUGGGUCUAUCUGUGUCCUUUAUGAAAGCCCCCCACCAGGUCUGAAGACUGCCAAAGCUCUGGAGAGUAGAAACAGCUGUAAAGAGGAAUGGAGAAUUGGCAGAUCAAGCCCUUCCAAGAAUUACAACAUGAUGACAGUUUCUAGUUAAAAAUUAACAUUCCUUGUACAAUGAUGUAUGUAUGUAUCCCAGUUUCAUAAUGAAGUUAGAUGAUGUAAUUGAGAUGUUGAUUUUCACCCCAUAGCCAUUAAAGUUGUAGUAAUACUGCCAAGUUCUUUGUUGUGGCCAAGGGCUAAUGUAUAAGCAGUUCUUUAAACUGCAUGUAAUUUUCUGGAUUGUAUACUGUAAAUGAAAUGUACAGUCAGCUGAUUGUUCUACAGAUAUCUAUUUUGACAGAAUCCUUGGCUAUUUGUAAUAAAAAGAAAAGUAACUUCAUUCUCUCUUUAAAAUGGCUUUUAGUUUAUAAUAACUUUCCACAAGAUUCCUGUACUUAUUGAGUAACUUCUAGGAAAAAAACACAGCUCUAACCAACUGUAAUUAAAAAUCUCUCCAGUGACUUGCCUGUACAAACUUUUCUCAGGGUGAUAAAAAUACAGCUGGAAGGCACAAAUGACAAAUAUAACUUUCGUACUAACAUAUUUCAUAGCGAAGAAGUCCUAUCAUGCCCAAGCAGCUUUCAAAGAAGGAAUUGCUUCCCUAUAAACUUAAAGACUAUCUUGGAGAAAAACAAUACAGUAGAGACAUGCCCAGACAAUUCUGUUCAUCCAGUUUUCAGUACAAUAUAUAAAAUCUUUUAAUGAACAUAAGAUAUUUUUCAGAAAAGUGUGUGGUUCUUUCCUCAUGUCAGUUCACCUUGACUUGUUUUGAUCUAUAGACUUUUUUUUUUUUUUUUUAAGUAACUGCUCAGAUACAAAUUUUGAGCAGUUAGGAAGGUAGAACACAUCUGACUUAGUAAAGGACUUAUUUAUGCUCCUGGGUGUUUGGCUGUUAAAUUGGAAAAGUGAGUUUUCAGUUAGUCAUAAACAUCUUUAGUACAGAGUAAGAUAGUAUAUUCAUCUUAAAUCAGAUGGAAAUUUUACAGUUGAAUGUAGUAAUGUCUCACCUAUAUCCUAUUUUACAAGAAAUUAAAAAUUUACAGUCCUAAUAAAUUUUAAAACUUUACAUUUUAUGCCAUUUUAGUCAUUUUUUAAAGUUUAAUUUGGUAAAAUCAUGUUAAAUAUGGUCUAUGGUACUUUAUCAAUUACAGAGAGUUUGAUGGAAGCACUGGUUUUAAUAAAAAGUAGGCUAAUAGCCUGCCAAAUAGUCUGCUA